AAAAAUUGAGUCAUGUCUCCAUCAUCUGUAUCUUAUCUCUAUUUAUACAAACCUAGUCUUCCACAGGAACACACUUGUGUACUAGAUCAAAAGGCGCUCUCAUCAACCUCAGCUGAUCAACGUCUCAUGCAUAGGCUAGCUUUUCAACUUCUUCUCUCAUAGCAAUCCUCAAUGAUAUGAUGGAUAUAUAUACGGGACAGAUGGAGUCAUCAAUGUCAUAACCUUUUAUCACAAGUCAAAAAGAGUUUCUCCCAUCUCUAUUCAUCACUAAACAUUCCUUUUCUUGGAGAUCCAUAAGUUGCAGAGGCAUGAAACUGGAUCAGGAAUAAAUAAGCGAUCGCCUGGAUAUCUUUUUGGGUCAUUUUUCAAGAGUGUGCACAGAUUAGUGCGAUCAAUAUUGAUAUCAUCAGUGAUGGAGGAUUUUGGGUGGCCAAGAAGCGUGCAAGUCGCGGACAACCUGACGUCGCUUUGGAGCAUUAAUCAGCAACAGAACAAUAACGGGAGCUUCAACACCAAGUCCAAAUCAAACAGCUGUGGAUUUAGUGGUGGUGGUAACACAGAUCAUCAUCAUCAUCUUCUUGUGGAGUUAGCUGGCACGUUCAAGAAUAAUUCAGAUAAUAUUGAGCUUCAAAAGGUGAAACAAAUUGCCAACUCUAGCCCUGAAAUAAUGCCUCAUCCAGUCGCUCCACCUAUGAUGGAGGAGGCCAUGGGUGUCUUUUCCAACUCGGCGGUCGAGCUCUCGCCAUGUCUGGUCAGUAACUUUUGCUCCAUGAACACAUUUACGGCAGCUCCUCCUAUAGCCAAGAAUGUCGGCGUUUCCAGCGAGUUCGACUGCUUCCUCUCUGGAACCAAUCAUAACACUAUCGACGCGGACACAUCCAUCGAAGAGGACAGCAUCGUAUCCAACGUUAUUUUCUCUGAAUCUGGAAGCUUUUGGAGCAACUUCGCCAACACUUCUUCCGCAAGAACAGCAGUAUCAACUGGAGAGUCUGAUCACGUGCAUCAUCAUCCCAGCCAUGAAGCCAAUAUGGCCUCAGGUCAUACAUCCGCAGACAAAGCGGCUAACGGAACGACGUCGUUUUUCUCCAAGAGAAAGAACGUCAACUUCGGCAACAUGAAUAACCUUUUUGAACCGGAUUCUCAUGCCGGAGGAGGAUUCAAGCUUGUCUCUGAGGUCCCAUCAAGGCCUAACAAGAGGCCCCGGUCGCAAAAGCAAAUCUUCACCACGCCGACGACCUCUUCGUCAUCGAAGAACAUCAACUUUCAGCAACAGCCGUCAUCAUCCGGGUCUUAUUCCUCCGUAGACCAAGAGCCAGACCCGGAAGUCAUUGCCCAGAUGAAGGAAAUGAUCUACCAGGCUGCAGCCUUCAGGCCCGUGAACUUGGGCUUCGAGGCGGUGGAGAAGCCAAGGAGGAAAAAUGUGAGGAUAUCGAGUGACCCGCAGACGGUGGCGGCAAGGCAAAGGAGGGAGAAGAUCAGCGAGCGGAUAAGGGUUUUGCAGAUGCUGGUCCCCGGCGGGAGCAAGAUGGACACGGCGUCGAUGCUCGACGAGGCCGCUAGCUACCUCAAGUUCCUUCAGUCCCAAGUGAAGGCGCUUGAGAGCUUUGCCAAGGAUAACAACAACAGCUUUGCGUUCUCUUCUUUGCCUUUUGGCCACUCUUUUGUUCCCAUGCAAAGUCAUCAUCAUGAUCUCCAAAACCCUUUUGUCAACCCAUUUCAUCCUCACUGAGGAAGGUUAGGUUUGACCUCUCCUUUUUUGCACGGCUUUCGAGCGGUUAUUGCAUGGACAGCGUCUGCGCGGAUUGGAUUCGGGUUGCGAUCAAUGGACCACGCAAUUGUCGAAGAAUGGAUGAUCGCCAUGGAUGAUCUAAUCCUACCGUUGACUGCAUUUGUGACGAGGAUUUUUGUUCAAGCCUACAAUAGAUCUGACUCAAAAAAAAAAAAAUCUAAUCUUUCUGCUAAUCAUGUCUUUGAAUUCUUUGUAAUGACCGUCUCCUCUCAAAAUACAUUUCAUGUUUGUAA